AUGGUCUCAUACAAAUCUUUAGCUGCUGCAGCAUUGAUGUCAGCUUCUACCUUAGCUGUAGAUGUCGAUUGUUUAGUUAACGGUGUUUCCGUUGCCACUGUAGACUUAGACACCGGUGUGUGUCCAUUCACUGUCCCAAUUUCUUUGCCAGUCUUGUUCGAAUACACUUCAGAAAACGCUUAUGAUGUUGAAUUCUACUACGUUGAUGUCCCACCAAAGUACUACACAGACAUUGAAGCUGCUGGCCGUGAAAUUGAUAUCCCAGCCAAUGCUUUAUACGGUAAGGGAUCUUUCUCAUUACACCAAGUCCACGUUACCAAGACUCCAUCUACCAACUCCACCGAAGCUAUCAGAAGAAGAUUAAUGAAGGAAUCCUUACUCGCCAGAGAUGAAGUUUCCGACUUCGUUGCUUCCCUUGAAGGAAUUGAAGGUACUGAAAUCGAAGCCACUGUUGAAGUUGUUCUCGCUUCCACUGCUUCCUCUUCUGGAUCUGGAUCCGGAUCUUCUUCUACUACUUCUGGAUCUGGUUCCGGUUCAGUUACCUCCGCUCCAGGUGGAACUGCCACUGUUACCGACAAGCACACUACUGUCGUUACUAUCACUUCUUGUUCUGACCACAAGUGUGUUCUUACCACUGUUCCAGCUACUCCAUCUGAAAUUGUUACCACUGUCAAUGAAGAAGUUACCACUUACACCACUUACUGUCCAUUGACCGGUGAUGAAACUGAAACCGUUACCCACGCUUCCACCAAGAUUGUCACCAUCACCUCUUGUUCCGACAACAAGUGUUCUGAAGCAACCGUCCCAGCUACCGCAUCUGUUGUUACCACCACAGUUGAAGCUGUCGAAUCUAUUUACACCACCUGGUGUCCAGUUGACACCACUGAAACUGUUGUUUCAGAAUCUACUGAGUACUACACUGCCACCACUGUUGCUACCUCUGAAGGUGAAGUUAUUACCAAGACUACUGUUAUCCCAGUCGUCGUCGAAACCACCGAAUACUACACCCCAGUUACCACCACUUACACUUCAGAAGGUUCAGUUAUCACUGCUACCACUGUUGCUCCAGUAACUGAAACCCCAGUUACCACCACCUACACUUCUGGAGGUGCUGUUGUCACUGCUACCACUGUUGCUGCAGUUGAAACUACUCCAGCUACUGAAGCUGAAGCAAGUGAAACUACCAUCACUCUUGAGUCCACCACCUACAAGACUGCUGUCUCAGAAUCUACUGCCGCUGCCGAAACUACUGUUGCUACAACUAGUAGUGGUUCAGCCGCAACUUCUGGUGCUGUCACCAUCCCAGCCUCUGAAAACGUUGCUGGUGCUUCCAAGGCUUCUAUGCUUGCCUUGAUUGUCAUCCCAUUGGCUUACUUCAUCUAA